AUGAUAUACUAUUUUAUUUUUUGCAUUAUUUUGCUAUCAUUAUUUAACAAAAACAAAUAUAAUGUGAUAAAUGUUAACUUAGAAAAAACACAUAAAGGGAGUUACCUAAAUUCGGGAACAUUUCAAAAAAAUACAAAAUCGGCUAGUCGGUUGAACUAUGGGAAAUUUUUUUUUCUCUACCCUCAUAAUGGAAAUAAGUUAACCAGUAAAAAUGUAAAUUAUUUUAAUAAUAUUGUAAAUACUGAUCAUAUUUUUAAAUAUGGAGAUAAGUAUACAUCUAACAAAUUGAAUAAUAAAACAAAACGAGUUUAUUUUGAAAGAAAUGGUAUUAAUGUUCCAAAUGAUGUAGCUAUGUUUGGCCAAACAAAUGUUUACUAUAUAAGAGAAAGUAUAUAUAAUAAAAAUAAAAAUAACUUAAUACCAAAUGAAAUAGAUAGUGAUUAUAUAGAGGAACUCCAAGAUACUGAAUCGAUGGAGUCUGAUCAAACAAAAAGUUCUGAUACCCCCAUGGGUAGUAAUACAUAUAUUAGCGAUACCAACAAAACGGACAAUGAUAUAAACCCUGAUAAUAAUCAAACAGAUAAACAAAAUCAAAUUUUUAGUUACAUAAAUACGGAACGAGAUUACGUUACACAAGUUGGUAACUCUCCACAAGUAAAUGUGUAUGAAAGGAAUUAUAAAGCCGAUGAAAAUAAAUUAAAUCGAAUUUUUGAAAAUAUUAAUGAAGUAAAUAUACAACUAUUGAAAGAUAUAAAAAGUAUAGAUGAUAAAGAAAAAACUUUAAAUAAAAAAGUUAUAGAAAAAGUAAGAGAAGAUAUAAAAAAAUAUCAAGAAACAAAUGAAAUAAUGGAUAUAAAAGGUAAUAUAGUAAAAUCAAAUAUUAGUAAUAAACAUAAAGGAAAGGAAGAUGGGCAAGAAGAUAAUAAUCUUACUAAUUCUGAUAUGGAUGAAGAUGAAAAAAAUGAAGUACUUAAAAAAUUAUAUAUGAUUGAUAAAAAAACAGAUAAAUAUUUAGAAGAAGAUGUUUAUUUUGUUAUACAAUCUUGGCUACCUGAUAUAAAAAUUGAUGACACACUUAUUAUUAUCGAUAAUAUUGAAAAAAAUUAUAAUACCUUUGAUAUUUCAAAAUAUUAUGAAAAAUUUAAAGAAGCUAAACUAGCAAAUAAAUCUUCAGAUUCAAAUCAAAAUAUUUAUGAAAACUUAUCAAAUUUACAAAAUUAUCAACUUGAAAAUAUUCCAAAUAAUAUAAAUGAUGAUACAGAAAUAGAAAAUGAACAUGUACAGUCAUAUAAUAAUACAUAUAAUAAGCUAAAUAAUUAUAACCUUAAAAAAUAUUCAUAUACAUAUACUACUAAUGAUAAUAUGGAUACUAAGUUUAAUAAAAAUGAACCUAUGCCACCAAUAGUUAUAAUUAAUACAAAAAAAAAUUUUAUGGUUCAAGAAUGGGAAAACCGAAAUUUUAAAAACAGACAAAAAAGAAAUAAAUCAUAUGAAUAUACAAGAAUUCAAAGAGCCUUUAGACCUUUUUCUUACAUUGAUUUAAGUGAUAUUUCAUGUAUAUAUAAAAAUAAUUUAUUACAAAUAAAAAUGAAAUUAUCUCAUAGAAAAUAUAAAAAUGAUGUAUAUCCAUUCUUUGUUCCAAUUAAUAAAUAUUCUGAUGAUUUACUCGAUUUUAAUGGAUAUAAACAAAAUGGAGACAAUGCAUGGUCUUUUUUUUGGCACAACUUUAAUUAUGACCAAGACACAGAUUAUAACUUUUUAAACAGAAAUGUUAAACUAAAUCUUACAGAAACCAAGUUUGAGGAAGUUAACAAAAAAAAAUCCAAGAAAAUUAUGAGAAAACUGUUGAAAGAAACCAAGGGCAAAUAA